GAAAACACACACAUACAAAAUACAAACACCAACGAAUCCCAAACCCUAUCAGUAUCACCCCCGAGUUGGCGAGUUCACUCCGAUUCUCCUCUCACUCGUAGGUAGUACAUUGUGGAUCAAGUAUGGGGCGUGAUGUUUCCAAUCAUUCAGAAUCUCCGGUUAGGGGGCGGAGGUCUCCUCAUAGGAGGAGUCCAUCUCGAAGAGAAAGAUCACCCGCCCGACAUAGGGGUUCCCACAGAAAUGGUUCGGAGGCAAGAGAGAAACAUUCUGGUCGUGCCAAGUCUCCAAAGCAGGCACCUUCGAGCUCUCCUGUUGCUCGGUCACCUUCUCCCAGGACAAAACGGUUGAGGAGAGCUCAGGCUGAAAGGGAGGUUGAUAGAGAAACUGAGAGAGCUCGCUCGCCUUCUCCCCGAACGAAGCGGUCAAGGAGAGCUCAAGAUGAAAGGGAGGUUGAGAGAGAAACCGAGAGAGAGCAUGAAAAGAAUCAUGGCAGGGGGAGUGAUAGGGGGAGACAAAGGGAAACUGGGGACGAGAGAAAAGAGAGAAGGCCAGCUAAGCAUGAUAAUGAGGUUGAGAGAGAAACUGAGAGAGAGCAUGAAAAAAAUCAUGGAAAGGGGAUUGAUAGGGGGGCAUAUAGGGAAAGGGGUUUUGAGAGAGAAAGUGGGGUUGAGAGAAAAGAGAGGAGGUCGAGGAGGGAUGAUAAUGAGGUUGAGAGAGAGCGUGAAAGUAAUCAUAGUAGGGGGAGGAGGGAUGAUAAUGAGGUUGAGAGAGAGCAUGAAAUUCAUCAUAGCAGGGGAAGCGAUAGGGGGACACUUAGGGAAAAGGGUUCUGAUAGGGAAACUAGGGGCGAUAGAAAAGAGAGGUCAGGUAGAGAUGAUAGCAAGUCUUCAAGAUCAAGACACGAGCGGUCUACUUCUCCAUUAGAUCGUCAUCACAAGAGCAGGCACAGAUCUCAAUCACCUCAACCAGCUGCUGAUUCCAGAGAUCGUGACGAGGUGACAGACUUAAGAGGAUCUGAAGAGCGGAAUAAUGAGAAUGAUUCAGUAGCUAAGAUGAAGGCUGCCCAGGAGGCCUUGGAAGCAAAGGAAAAGCAAAAACCUUCAUUCGAGUUAUCAGGAAAGCUUGCUGCAGAAACCAAUAGAGUCAAAGGUGUGACACUUCUGUUCAAUGAACCCCCAGAGGCUCGAAAACCUGAUGUAAGAUGGCGGCUUUAUGUUUUCAAGGGUGGCGAAGUGCUAAAUGAACCCCUUUAUAUACAUCGUCAAAGUUGUUACCUUUUUGGGAGGGAACGAAGGGUGGCAGACAUUCCAACAGACCACCCAUCCUGCAGCAAGCAACAUGCUGUUAUUCAAUUCAGACAAGUGGAAAAGGAGCAACCUGAUGGUACAGUAUCAAAGCAAGUAAGGCCUUACUUAAUGGACCUUGGAAGCACAAAUAAAACUUAUAUUAAUGAUAAUGCCGUUGAACCUCAACGCUAUUAUGAACUUAUAGAAAAAGACACUGUUAGAUUUGGUAAUAGUAGCCGAGAGUAUGUACUACUGCACGAGGAAUCAGCCGAGUGAUGGGCAAAUUUUGGCUACUCCAAUGUGCCUCCUUUCAACAUGAGGAACAUAUUGAUUCGUUGAUGUGUGGGAACUAUUUAAAGUGUAUUUGUGCUGCGUUUUCUAUGGGUGCAAUUCAGUUUGAUUGUCUUUUUGCCAAUGGUGCUGGAAGGAACGGUUUAAAUGGCUUAAGACAUGUAUCUUCAUACAAAUUAUGGAAGACAGUAUUUUUGUGGCAGCCUCACUUGAAGUCAAUCUCUCUUCAUUUUACAUUUCUUUGUGUCAGAUCUUAUUACUCUGUUGAUUAGGACUUAUGCUGCUAGUCGUAUAGCUCGCAUGAUCACUUGCUCUAGGAUUUUGGAAGUAGGGAUGACAAUAGAGCGAGGUUGGAUCAGAGUUUUCCUCGGAUUUCCUAAUCCAAUGUGCUAUACUGAUGUUGAGUUUCACUUUCAGCCUUAACCCCCCAAUUUUUCCCCUUUAA